CCUCCUCGAAUGAGUACCGGCUUCAGAUGAUACAGGCUGGCGCAUAUUUAUCUACAGAUAAUUGACGCCCAGGCCAUGGGCGACCCACCGACAACGUGUGUUUUUGUAAGACUCAGUAUGCACAUAUGAUGCAGGUGCGAGAGAGUUCGAGUCUCACUGUGUCAUGAUAUCCAUCACCUGACGGAAUUGGAGAUUUUCUUCCCUGAUCACCACGGGCACCACCUGGAGCUCACGAGCCGCCAUUUAACUCCGGCAUCUCGAAGAUGGCCGACACCAAUGGAAACCCAUCUGUCCCAGAACAAGUCUACCACACGACCCUGACUGUGGUCGACUACCACCGCGACACAGCAGGCUCGAUCCGAGAUGUCUACGUGCUGGGCACCCAUACCACGCUCGAGGCAGCCAAGGCCUUUGCCCUCGAAGCACUGGAACAGCAGCUGGGUUACUCGCCCUCCGACUUUGUCGAGUACGCCACGCGGGCCAACAGCACCCCACCGGAAAACUGGAAGCAUGGCGACGGCGUCAUGGUGUACGCCAAACUCAAACCCCCCAUGAACCACGAAUUCCUCGUCGGGCUCGACACCAAACCCAACACUGAAUCCCUCCCCGCGGAUCCCAACAACCGAGACACGCUGCAGUUGCCGGCAGGCCACGACAACCUGCACUACGUCCUGCAGACCCAAACCGACUACAACCAAGACAACAACAACAGCCUUCGGAGCCCGGGGAGCGGCCCGGGCUCGUUUCAAACGACCUCGAUCCAGGGCUGCUACGCACGGCGGGCCGACGCGUUGGCCGCGGCGAGGGCCGUCCUCCAGAAAGAAGACGGCGAUCGAGAGACGGCGACUACGGAGUAUGCGCAGUACGACGACCGGGACGAUGCGCAGUCCGAGGGGGAGUGGCCGUUUGGUGAGGACGUGGUUGUCCAUGCGGUGGCGCAGACGGGCGAGAACUACACGGUUGCCGUCAAGACGGCGCCCGGGGCGCACAGGAAGCAUGGCAGGGCCAGUUGCAAGAUGGAUACCAUGAAGGGGCGUUCGGGGAAUACUGGUCUUGCGAAGUGUUACCCCGGGCAGUAUGAGGCUGAUUAAGUACCUUGGCUUGCCUGGUAAUGUUGGUUAAGAUGCAUCAUGAUUGACGGUAUCUUGGGGCAAGAGCAAAGGUUGAGAGAUGUCUUACCAGAGAAGAUGUGGAUGGGAUUCCGGCUUGGAAAGGGGGGAAGUCUAGUUCAAUGUUGGGAAAAGCGGGAUUCCAGUUUAAGAUUGAAAGGAAGAAAAUGGGUUUCAAAGCUGGAAGAGAGAAAUCCCAUCCGGCGUUUUAAAGUUGUAAUACUAGGAUCUUGUCGACCGACGUAGCGCUGUUAGCCGAGCAGAACUGUACUGAUUUAGGACAAAUAGGUAACUAAUGGAUUAGAUGAAAGUGUGAUAUCGCAGUAGC